AUAUAGUUCUGGAGUCCCUAUCUCCCUGCUGCACUCUGCGUAUAUCCAGCUGCCUAUGUAAUGUCUUCACUCUUCGCUCGGAUGUCCAGAAGAAUCUUAACAUGUUCAAAACUGAAUUCCGGAUCUUCAUCCCACCCCCAAACCUGUUCUUUCUGCAAUCCCAUCUUUCACAAAAUACAUACAUAGAAGCUUGGGACAAGAUAUUUAUCUGAUUUCUGUGGCAAAAUUAAAGACUUGUCAUGAUAAUGAAGAAAGAAACUGAAUUUGUCAUUUUCACCUAAAGAAAAAUGAUAGACAAAAAUCAAACCUGUACAGGACAGGACUCUAUGCCCUAUAUGAGUUGUCUGAUUCACAUAUUUGAAGAAUGGUUUGGCGUGGAACAAUUGGAGGACUAUUUGAAUUUUGCAAACUAUCUCGUAUGGGUUUUUACACCACUAAUACUUUUAAUACUUCCUUACUUUACUAUUUUUCUUCUCUACCUUACUAUUGUUUUCUUACACAUUUAUAAGAGGAAGAAUGUAUUAAAAGAAGCCUAUUCUCAUAAUUUAUGGGAUGGCGCAAGGAAGACAGUAGCAACACUGUGGGAUGGACAUGCAGCAGUUUGGCAUGGUUAUGAAGUUCAUGGAAUGGAAAAAAUACCAGAAGGACCAGCGCUUAUAAUUUUUUAUCAUGGAGCUAUUCCCAUAGAUUUUUAUUACUUCAUGGCUAAAAUUUUUAUCCAAAAAGGCAGAACUUGCCGAGUAGUAGCUGAUCACUUUGUCUUUAAAAUUCCAGGGUUUAGUUUAUUACUUGAUGUAUUUUGUGCUCUACAUGGACCAAGAGAAAAAUGUGUUGAAAUUCUGAGGAGUGGUCACUUGUUAGCUAUUUCACCAGGUGGAGUUCGAGAAGCCCUAAUUAGUGAUGAAACCUACAACAUCAUAUGGGGUAAUCGUAAAGGCUUCGCUCAGGUUGCAAUUGAUGCAGAAGUGCCCAUUAUUCCUAUGUUUACACAAAAUAUUCGAGAAGGAUUUAGAUCACUUGGAGGAACAAGGUUAUUUAGGUGGCUUUAUGAAAAAUUCCGCUAUCCAUUUGCUCCAAUAUAUGGAGGUUUUCCAGUGAAGUUUCGUACCUACUUAGGUGAUCCCAUUCCAUAUGAUCCAAAGUUAACAGCAGAAGAAUUAGCCGAAAAGACAAAGAAUGCUGUUCAAGCUUUGAUUGAUAAGCACCAAAGAAUACCGGGAAACAUUAUGAGUGCUUUGUUAGAACGUUUUCAUAAAAGUCAAAACAGCCACUAGAAGACGAUUUAAUAUAUUUAUAUUAUUAUGUUUGUGUCUAUGGUACUGUCUUUUAAAUUUUGUAGGUUUCAUAAUUAGUAUUUUUGUAAAAAUCAUGUUAAAAGCAUCUUUUGUUGAACUUGUUUAAAAUUGUAACAUACAUUUUGUUUUAUUCAGUGUGUCAUAUUUAAACAAUAACUCAUUACAUGCAUAAAAUUAAGAAAAUGAUCUUGUUUCUUAUAAAUUCCUAAUAAUGUAUGAUAAACAUAUAGAUUAUUAGAAUUAAGUUUAUUAACAGCAAUUUAGGUUAAACAAACAUUCCUAAAUAAUGUAUCUAAUUUCUGUAUCUGUUGUACUGAGCUAAUUUUGCAAGAUGGUAUAACCUAAGGUUAGUGCAGAUGCUUAAGCUAGAAAAAUAAUGCUUUUAUCUGCCUUUCAUUCCUUUCAUGACCUUGGGCAAGUCACAUAAUGUUUUUGUGCCUCAACAAUGCUAGAGGGGAAGGGGAGGAUGACUGGAUGAAGAAGGUGAAGAUGUUAGCUAAAGAACAUUUAUGCAUACCCCAGGACACAGACAAUAGUGUGGUGAAAAGUGGGGGGUGGGGGGUGGGGGGGGAAAGUGGGCAAAGGGGGGCAAAAUGGGGGACAUCUGCAGUAGUGUCAACAUUUAAAAAAAUUAAACACAAAAAAAUAAUUUACUUUUUAAAAAACAUGUUAAUGCUAUGGUUAAUAAAAAAUUCGUUUAUUUGCUUGAUAACUGUAGAAUUGAAAUUAUAAUUGAAUUAAAACCAAGAUCUUUCAGAAGUUUAUGUAUAUAUUUUGUUAUAGGAUGUUUAAAUUAUUCCUUCAGGUAUAAUGUCAAGUUGCCAACCACAGUGAAAAAGAUGUACUGUUUUUCAAAUUGAAUAAAAAAGUAAAAGUAAAAUUUCUAAUUGUUUUUAAUAAGAAUCUAUAACAUUGUCAGCCCUAUAAUAUGGCAUUAAUAGUGUCCAGCUUAAAAUUGCUUGCAGGUUAAAAGUCACUGUGAUGCUCUGCAUUUUAUAUGUCAGAAGGAUGCUAGGCUGAUGAAAGCAGAGUUAGAGAAAGCUCUGCUUUUGCUUAAUAUGACUUAUUCAUUUGACUUUGCAACCAGUCAAAUAGUUUAUUGUUUCAAUAAAAAUAUACUUGAAUGAUGAAUUUAUGUGAACACAAAGCUUUCUGAAAAAUUAAUGGCUUUUGAUUUGUUGUUCCCUUGAAAUCUGAAUUAUAAAAGUAUUUAAACAAAAUAGUACUAGAAAUUCAAUGCAAUAUCUCCCUUUCCCUUUUUUUAGAUAUUAAACUAUAUACUUGAAUUUUUGUGUAUAUUUUUGUAUAACAAGUAUGUAUGUAUGAUAUGUGUAAUAUAUAUAAAAUUAAGCAACAUAAAAAUAUAAAGUUGAAUUGCAAUUCAUUUCCUUA